GGAGUCGGUGCCCCCAACCCCAGUGAGCGCAGACAGCGUGCAGCCUGGCUCCUCACGUCGCUGCCGCCCCCCCACCCCAACUCCGGAGCUCCCCAGGUUGGAUGUAUGCGUGUGGUUUUGUUGGGAGAUGUGCCCCUUUCCCAGCCGAGGAGGGACGCACCUUUGACCUUUCUAAAGAGCUGGGCAGGUCGGUAACCAGGGAAGGGACAGGCACCACCCGGCUAAAUUCAGAACCAGUCCCGCUCCUCUGCUUGCCACUCCUUAAUUGCUCAAGGAAAAACUGCAUAGAAAAUCUAAUGGAUGAAGAUGAGAAAGACAGAGCCAAGAGAGCUUCUCGAAACAAGUCUGAGAAGAAGCGUCGGGACCAGUUCAAUGUUCUCAUCAAAGAGCUCAGUUCCAUGCUCCCUGGCAACACGCGGAAAAUGGACAAAACCACCGUGUUGGAAAAGGUCAUCGGAUUUUUGCAGAAACACAAUGAAGUCUCAGCGCAAACGGAAAUCUGUGACAUUCAGCAAGACUGGAAGCCUUCAUUCCUCAGUAAUGAAGAAUUCACCCAGCUGAUGUUGGAGGCAUUAGAUGGCUUCAUUAUCGCAGUGACAACAGACGGCAGCAUCAUCUAUGUCUCUGACAGUAUCACGCCUCUCCUUGGGCAUUUACCGUCGGAUGUCAUGGAUCAGAAUUUGUUAAAUUUCCUCCCAGAACAAGAACAUUCAGAAGUUUAUAAAAUCCUUUCUUCCCAUAUGCUUGUGACGGAUUCCCCCUCCCCAGAAUACUUAAAAUCUGACAGCGAUUUAGAGUUUUAUUGCCAUCUUCUCAGAGGCAGCUUGAACCCAAAGGAAUUUCCAACUUAUGAAUACAUAAAAUUUGUAGGAAAUUUUCGCUCUUACAACAAUGUGCCUAGCCCCUCCUGUAAUGGUUUUGACAACACCCUUUCAAGACCUUGCCGGGUGCCACUAGGAAAGGAGGUUUGCUUCAUUGCCACCGUUCGUCUGGCAACACCACAGUUCUUAAAGGAAAUGUGCAUAGUUGACGAACCUUUAGAGGAAUUCACUUCAAGGCAUAGCUUGGAAUGGAAAUUUUUAUUUCUGGAUCACAGAGCACCUCCAAUCAUAGGAUACCUGCCUUUUGAAGUGCUGGGAACCUCAGGCUAUGACUACUACCACAUUGAUGACCUGGAGCUCCUGGCCAGGUGUCACCAGCACCUGAUGCAGUUUGGCAAAGGGAAGUCGUGUUGCUACCGGUUUCUGACCAAAGGUCAGCAGUGGAUCUGGCUACAGACUCACUACUACAUCACCUACCAUCAGUGGAACUCCAAGCCCGAGUUCAUCGUGUGCACACACUCAGUGGUCAGUUACGCAGAUGUCCGGGUGGAAAGGAGGCAGGAGCUGGCUCUGGAAGACCCGCCGUCCGAGGCCCUCCACUCCUCAGCACUAAAGGACAAGGGCUCAAGCCUGGAACCUCGGCAGCACUUUAACGCACUCGACGUGGGUGCCUCGGGCCUUAAUACCAGUCAUUCGCCAUCGGCGUCCUCAAGAAGUUCCCACAAAUCCUCGCACACAGCCAUGUCAGAACCCACCUCCACUCCCACCAAGCUGAUGGCAGAGGCCAGCACCCCGGCUUUGCCAAGAUCAGCCACCCUGCCCCAAGAGUUACCUGUCCCCGGGCUCAGCCAAGCAGCCACCAUGCCGGCCCCUCUGCCUUCCCCAUCGUCCUGCGACCUCACACAGCAGCUCCUGCCUCAGACCGUUCUGCAGAGCACACCCGCUCCCAUGGCACAGUUUUCGGCACAGUUCAGCAUGUUCCAGACCAUCAAAGACCAGCUAGAGCAGCGGACGCGGAUCCUGCAGGCCAAUAUCCGGUGGCAACAGGAAGAGCUCCACAAGAUCCAGGAGCAGCUCUGCCUGGUCCAGGACUCCAACGUCCAGAUGUUCCUGCAGCAGCCAGCUGUAUCCCUGAGCUUCAGCAGCACCCAGCGACCUGAGGCUCAGCAGCAGCUACAGCAAAGGUCAGCUGCAGUGACUCAGCCCCAGCUCGGGGCGGGCCCCCAACUUCCAGGGCAGAUCUCCUCUGCCCAGGUCACAAGCCAGCACCUGCUCAGAGAAUCAAGUGUGAUAUCAACCCAGGGUCCAAAGCCAAUGAGAAGCUCACAGCUAAUGCAGAGCAGCGGCCGCUCUGGAAGCAGCGUAGUGUCCCCGUUCAGCAGCGCCACAGCUGUGCUCCCGCCAAGUCUGAAUCUGACCACACCUGCUUCCACCUCCCAGGAUGCCAGCCAGUGCCAGCCCAGCCCAGACUUCAGCCAUGAUCGGCAGCUCAGGCUGUUGCUGAGCCAGCCCAUCCAGCCCAUGAUGCCCGGGUCCUGUGACGCAAGGCAGCCCUCAGAAGUCAGCAGGACGGGACGGCAAGUCAAGUACGCACAGAGCCAGACCGUGUUUCAAAAUCCAGACGCACACCCCGCCAACAGCAGCAGCGCCCCGAUGCCCGUCCUGCUGAUGGGGCAGGCGGUGCUCCACCCCAGCUUCCCCGCCUCCCAACCGUCGCCCCUGCAGCCUGCACAGGCCCGGCAGCAGCCACCACAGCACUACCUGCAGGUACAGGCACCAACCUCUUUGCACAGUGAGCAGCAGGACUCGCUACUUCUCUCCACCUACUCACAACAGCCAGGGACCCUGGGCUACCCCCAACCACCCCCAGCACAGCCCCAGCCCCUACGUCCUCCCCGAAGGGUCAGCAGUCUGUCUGAGUCGUCAGGCCUCCAGCAGCCGCCCCGAUAAUGCCCCGGCACUGAAGUCGGGACACAAUCAGCUUUAACCAAUGGAUGAGGGGGGUGGCCACAGGAGAUGGGGAGAGGAGUCUGAACUAAACCCCUGGCUUUUGUGCAUACUGCAUACGUUUCAGAACUCCUGGAUGGUAACCAUCUCUGGAGUGCAGCGCUUGCUGCAGUGGAAAUGAUCAGGAAUACUGACCGUGUUUCUCUUGCCUCCGAGGUUCUUGGGCACACUCUAUAGCCAUACUGGACAGGAACCAGGUGCCCCGUGUAGGCAUCGUUGGUCGGUUUACCGUCAGAGAUGGCGCAUCUCGCUGCAUCCCCCGAGAGUACACCGGUUGCUCUAGCCACCUGCGGCCCGCCCAUCUGCGCUAGCUGGCCUUCACGCUCUUGAUCGUCUUUCCUUUGUAUUGGAGAAGGACUGGGUCAGAGAUCUGUUGGAGAGAGAGAAUAAAGAGAUUAUUUUUCAUUAUUUUUAAAUGGGUGUUUUUGUUUUAAUUUGCACAGCUACACAGAGGAAAUAACUUAGGCACUUUCUGUUUUUUUAAAAAAAAUAAUAAGGUCUCAUGGCUUCAUUCAGAGACCACAGUAACAACAGCAGCCCACCAAUCAGAGAAGCUGGUUGUUAUUAACCAAGCUGCAGAUUCACACUUUCUGGCCUAAACCCUAAUGGGAUGAGGCUUUUCACCCCAGGCCAUGCUGGUGGUGAUUUUUUAGCCCCUAAAUAAAACACUGGACUAUUUCCUGUUUACUUCAUUGAUUGCAACUACAAAGGUGGACUCAAAGCAAAGCACAAUCAUGCCAGCCAACAUUCCAGAAUUCUGCUGAGAACUCCAAGUCUGUGAGGGGAGAGGUUUCACAAGCCAGACAGGCCUGGGGGACUGCAGUCCCCAAGGAGACCCUGCCACGUGCUGGCCCUUUGAGUGAGAAUGCUGCAUCUUUCUACAUAUCUUCAUGAGAAUACUGAGAAUUGGAUUUUCCUUUUCAAAAUGCACUUUGCUUUUUUUGUAUGUUUUGUUAUGUUGAGAUGUUUCUAAAGAAAAGAUUUUAUGUAAUUAUAAGAUGAAGCGUAGUGAAUUGUACAGCUGUUGUAAUAAUGACCUAUUUCUAUAUAAAAUAAAAUUGUAUGGCUUAUGUGUAAAUUA